UCAACACAACAUCAAAAUCUCUCUGAUAUCCCUUGUUUUCUUCGAAUUUGAAAUGGCUCGCACCAAGCAGACCGCUAGAAAAUCAACGGGAGGUAAGGCGCCGCGGAAGCAGCUGGCCACCAAGGUUGCUCGGAAGUCGGCACCGGCCACCGGAGGUGUGAAGAAGCCACACCGCUUCAGGCCUGGAACCGUGGCUCUGAGGGAGAUCAGGAAGUACCAGAAGAGCACUGAGCUUUUGAUCCGAAAGCUUCCGUUCCAGAGGCUGGUGAGAGAGAUUGCUCAGGAUUUCAAGACUGAUUUGAGGUUCCAAAGCAGUGCGGGCUGCUCCAGAAAUGCGAGCUAGUUGAAACUUAGGGGCUAACAUCCCUGCUAUAUGUAAGCAAUUAUUAUCCUGAUUAUCAAUACGAUAAAAACGGUGCUUCCAU